AUCGUUGGUGCAAGAAACGGGAAAAACAUGUUUAGCAGAUUAGCUGAAGAAAUUGAGGAAUUUAAUAUUAAUGAAAAAGGGUGUGCAUGGAAUUGCUGUCAUUCUCUGCAACAAGCUAGGGAGCUGGUAUACAUAGAUACUACCGCUGGUCUUGAUGCUCUUAACACUCCAUUAACAAUUCUCUCUGUAAAGGUAUUGAAUAUAUUAAAACGUAUAAUGCCAUUAGAAGCAUUUAAUGGACGUGGACUUAUAAGUGGACCAGAAGACGGAAAACAUGGUAUUAGUAUGAAUGAUCAUGUUGUUAUAAUUGGAUAUUUGGAGAAGAUUGUUUUUGCAAGGACAGAGAUUAAGCUUGAAGAAUUUAAUGC